UGACGUCACUGCGCUCGAUAAGGAAGUGGAGAGAACUUCUCUUUAAGUUCUUUUCUUGUUUGUUCUUCGUGUCCAUUAAAUGUAGUUUAAACUGUAGGCGAUUUAACCAGAAAGUUCAGUUUAAUGCGCUUUAAUUAUUGUUUAUAACCGUGCUUUAUAACAAACCUUUAUAAUGGAGAUUCCUCACCUGACAGAAGACGAAAUGGCCGAAGUGAAGAAGAAUGCUCUGGAGUCUCUUCGUCCAUACCUGGUAGAGAAACUGAUUGCAGAGAGGCAUUACGAUUACCUGCGCUCCAAGAGGAUCCUGACACGAGAGGAUACGGAGGAGAUCAGCUGCAGGAGCACACGGGGAAAGAAGGCAGGUAAAUUACUCGACCUUAUCGCAGAGAACCCUCGAGGUCUGGACAUGCUAAUCGAGUCGAUCAUGCACUUGGGAACUCUCAACUUCAUUGUCACUAAGAUCACUGAUGAGGUUCAGCGGUGCAAGAACGAGAAACUGGAGGCACUCCGAGCAGCAGGAGUGUCUAGCUCCAUGAUGAAGGACCCAUCUGGAGGCACAAACAACCUGUCAAAGGCAGACUUUGAUUAUGAUAAGUGCUCCACCGUUUGUCUCCACCCUGACGGCGAACAUAGCCCCGCCUUGUCUGUGAUGAGCAGCUCUAUGAACCUCUCUUUUGCAGUGAAUCGGCAGAGGGGACAGGACUGUAUGUCAGUUAGCGGCGUUGCUAGCUUAACGACAUCCUCCAGCCUUCCUAAACCUGGUGAUCCUGGAGCCCCUCCCCUUCCUGAUGACAUCACUAUUGAGGACCAGGAUGCAGAAGCAGGUGCUUGUGGGAGCACGGGAAGUAGCGGUGAUGCUAACUUCCUGCCACUGCGUUCGCGUUCCUUAAACCUGUCUGUCAACAAUGAACUCUGAGCAUUAAAAUAGAGGUGUUGUGUUUCAGUACGGUCUUUAACGCGCCCUAGGCUUCUCCUGUAUCUCACAACUUUCUGUACUACAAACACAAAAUACGGGAGGACUGCAGGUUUGAUGUGGUAGCUUUAUUAAACCAGAUUACAUCUAUGACUAACUGAUUCCUCAGUCCAAAAACACACCUCACAGGUACAAGUAUGAUGAAGCUAAACCUCUAAAUAAUACCAUCAUAACAUAACUCAUAGUACAGAAAUGAACAUCUAAAUAUUAUUCACAUUUCUCCUUUAAUAGGAAAUUCAUCACAUGUUACAGCUGGAUGAUGAGCAGUGUGUAUCUCUGAGGUUGUGGCACCGUGAACAUGUAGAUUAUCUACACUUAAUAUCUGAGAUUUCUUUUAAUGUAAAAUAUCACAUGACCAAACUUUUUUAAGUGUUUGCCAGAUAUAUACUAUUGAGAUUUAUUUUAUUACAUGCUGGAAGGUGCUAAGAUUUUGUAAUGCUAUUUUUAACUGGGGACCUUUUUUAAAUGUUUUUAUUUGUUGUUUUUUUUUUUUUUUUUUUUUUUUUUGCCCUGUGCAGAUUGUAUAGAUGAAUUUUUAGAUUUUUAAGUUUAUUGUGCUUUGCUCCGUUGACACCAGCAGAGGGCACCAGAGAGUCAUCCUUGUGUCUGCUUUAGUGCUGCAUGGGGAAAAGUAAACAGUGAGUGGGGUUUGGGGAACUUUUCCUCUACUUAUGAGAGUGUAAAUUAAACUGAAUAAAUGCUUUACCGUAUA